AUGGAUCCAAAGCUUUUCUUUCAAGAUGAUGAUCAAUCUAUUGAAUUGCUAUCCUCUAAAACAUCUUCAGUUUGGCAAUAUGUAACAAGAAAUGAUAAGAAUUUUUCACAAUGUGCUUUAUGUGACAAACGUAUCUCAACAAGUAAUUGGUCUACAACAUAUCUUCGUCAAUACCUAAUUGAAAAACACAAUAAGACGGAUUUAAUUUUACCGGAUGCACAAAAAAAUAAUAAAUCAUGCGAAGUUGCGAAAAACGUACGAGAUAAAUUACAUCAAUUGGCUCUCGGCGCUGUUAUACGUGAUGGCCUGUUAGCGUCAGUAGAUGCCGUUAACUGA